GGACGGCGCCAAGGAGCGCGAAGCGGCGCGCAGCCCGCUCGCCCGCCAGUGACGGCCGUCCGGCCUCGCGCCUACCUGAUCCCUCCAGCCCGGACCCCCCUGAAAUAUGUUCAGGGGCGCUUGGAUGUGGCCCGGGAAAGACGCCGCCGCGCUGACUAUCUGCUGCUGCUGCUGCUGCUGGGCUCCCAGGCCAAGCGACAAACCUUGCGCUGACUCUGAGCGGGCGCAGCGAUGGCGACUGUCCCUGGCGUCCCUGCUCUUCUUCACCGUGCUGCUCGCUGACCAUCUGUGGCUGUGCGCGGGGGCCCGGCCCCGGGCCAGGGAGCUGAGCAGCGCCAUGCGGCCGCCCUGGGGAACCGGCCGGGAGCGGCAGCCGAUGCCUCCUCGCGCGGUGCUGCCCCUGCGGCCGCCGCCGCCCGGCGAGCCCAGCGCAUCCCCGGGCACCUGCGGCCCCCAAUACAGCAACCUGACCAAAGCUGCCCCCGCUGCCGGUCCCAGGCCGGACUGCGGUGGCGUCCCAGAGCCCACGGGGCUGGACGCAGCUUGCACCAAAUUGCAAUCUUUGCAGAGACUUUUUGAACCGACCACUCCAGCCCCCCCACUGCGGCCCCCUGACUCCCCUUCCCGUGCCCCGGCCGAGUUCCCCUCCGCCAAAAAAAACUUGCUCAAAGGCCACUUUCGGAACUUCACUCUCUCCUUUUGCGACACCUACACGGUCUGGGACUUGCUGCUGGGCAUGGACCGCCCCGACAGCCUGGACUGCAGCCUGGACACCCUGCUGGGGGACCUUCUGGCCGUGGUGGCCAGCCCGGGCUCCGGGGCCUGGGAGGUGUGUAGCAACUGUAUCGAGGCGUACCAGCGGCUCGACCGACAUGCUCAGGAAAAAUAUGACGAGUUCGACCUCGUGCUGCAUAAAUACUUACAGGCAGAAGAGUACUCAAUCCGGUCCUGCACGAAAGGCUGUAAGGCUGUCUACAAGGCCUGGCUGUGCUCAGAAUACUUCAGCGUGACCCAGCAGGAAUGCCAGCGCUGGGUGCCCUGCAAGCAAUACUGCCUGGAGGUGCAGACCCGGUGCCCCUUUAUACUCCCUGACAAUGAGGAAAUGGUGUACGGAGGGCUUCCUGGCUUUAUCUGUACAGGGUUGCUGGAUACUUCGCCAAAGCGGCCGGAAACCAAGUGCUGUGACGUGCAGUGGGUCUCCUGUGAGUCGGAGAAGAAGAAGUUCAAGGAGACUGAGGCCCCCAAAACCCACCACCAGCAAUUCCACCACUCCUAUUUCCACCACUACCACCAACAGUACCACCACUACCAUCCCCGCCAUGACCCUCCAGGCCACAUCAGCCACAAGCCCUCCAUGCUGCCGGUCUCUGGGGGCUCCCGCCUCAGCCCCAGCAGGAUCCGGCUGUAUGUCCUUGUUCUCAUGCUCCUCCAUACCAUGGUGUCCUUCUCCAGUAGCCAGGGUGGUGGAGGACUGGGGCUGGAGGCACUGCCUACCCUAGAUGAGGGCCUGACUCGGGAAGAGUGACAGCAGGGAGGGAGGACAGACCUCCACCAUACACUGACAGCAGCUCCAGCCCCCCAGGGGGAGGGGGAGGGGCUCCUCCCAUGGGAGGUAUAGGACCAGGUGGGGGGCGGGGGGAAAUGGGGGGCCACACAUCACCCCCAGCCUACCCCCACCCCAAAAGCAGUUCCAACAGAAUGGCCAGAGGGCCCCAGGGAGCUGCAAAACUCAUCUGGGAGUAAAAGGCAGGAGCAGCAGAUGCCCCCCCUCAGGUCCCCAUCUAUGGGGCUUAGCAAAAAAAGGGGGGGAGUGGGGGCUAGAAGUACCCACUCCUGCUGAGAACCCUGACCCCAGGGAAGGAGGCUACUCACCCAGCCUUGGCCCUGCAGGGAAUGUUGGGGGGCACAGAGGGGAGAAGCUCUUUCCCCCCUCCACAUUCCUUUUGUUGCCACGAUCCUUAAUUCCCUCCUGCCCAUACCCCUACAGGCAAUGGCAGACGGUGCAGUGGCCCUCCUCCCACUCCAGUGCACCUUGCCCCAUGUGGGGCCACCACAGGGAAGUGCCAGGCUGGGAGAUGAGGUGCACACAGUCGCGACUAGGCUGGGGCCCCAGUUAAGCUGUGCCCCACCACUGUAGGCAGUGAAGGGUAGUAAUGGGGUACAGAGUGGUGAGAGAGAGUAGAGAUAGGGAAGAGGGAGAGGAGAGAACAGGACAGGAGGGGAGAGGAGAGAUGAGAUGUGGGCAGAGGGUUUAGAGAGAUGGCUGAAUGGUCUAUAGUCACCUGGCUUUGGAAAGAAGGACGAUCAGUGUUGAGGCAGGCUUGAGGACACCUCCCCAAAUCAGAAAGGGUUGCAUAGAGUCCUGUGGGGAAAGAGCACAGGAACCCGGUUGUUGGGCCUCAAAACAGAAGUCUGAGAGCACAUGGUCAGACUGCCACUGUCUGAAGGGCCAUUAUCUUACAGAAGGUGCACAUACUUCCAAGGGCCAUUCUUGCCCUGGAGAUCUUGGCCUUGAGGCCAAAGAUGUUUCCAUUUCUGAUAUCCAUAGGGAGGAGGGACUUAAGUCCAAGUGGGUCAGGCCUGGCCUGGGUCCCCAUACACACUCAUUUUGUCCUAGCCCAGGCCUCCAUGAAGGAGAACCUGGUGGCAUUGCCCCAGGGCUUUCCAGAGAUGAGACUCCCCCAUCCCCACCCUGUCCCCAUCCCCAGCCUACCAAAGAGUAUUCAUCCCUUCCCAUCCCUGACCCCAUGGGUUACUAUCUGAACUGUGGAACAACCAAACUCUUCCUCACCCUGUAGAGGGUCCUCUGAUCCAGCCACCCCUGCCUGCCCCUUCCUGAAGAAAGGCCAGAGACAGGCUAGGGGACCCACUGAAUAAAGAUAAUGUGCUAUUGUCUCUUGACUGAGACAUUUGAGUUAUUUAGUCAGGCUAGAGGGCUAGACAAGAAAAGAAGCAUUGAGAGGCCCUUGGAGGCUGUUAGCCUUGUGCUGAUCUCCAGAGAGUCAGAGGCUACAUCGCCCGGGACCUCUAAAAGCCAAAAGGAGCAGACAAGAAAGGGCACCAGAACUGUGUUCCUGCAAUGGGCCAAGUGGCAUUCGGUACCAGAAAGGCUUGUGUCCUAGGCUGUGAUGCCAAUGAGUUAAGGGGACGAGUGGGCCUAGAGCUGCAUUAGGUGAAACCAAGAAGUGGUUGGCAGGGGAUAGAUGGGAGACCUCCUAGUAGAGAGGAGGGUCCCAGCCUCUGCUGGGUCCCAGAGAGGCUUUGUGAGACCGGGGAGUCCUUCCCUGCUGGUUUUCUCAUUUCUCACAGCCUGUUUCCCUCCCCCAACCCCUGUGCCCCACCCACACACUCCCCUGUUUGGCCCUCAGCACUUCGGGCCUAGCCACAUACCCCAUCCCUAGAGUGCUCUUUUCAGCUGGGGAGGGGAAGAGGUGCUGGCUCCUUUCCAGAGACGCUUAUGUAGAUGUGAGAGACCCUAGGUACAGCCUUCUAACUCCUGCAUCCUCAGGAGGGGAAAAGGGACUGGGAAGUAAAGGGGACCUUAGGGCCCCAAAGAACGGACCCUUGGAGACUCCCAUCCUCUCUUCCCCCUCACCAAGUGCCCAGGAGACCCCUGGCUCAGACCAGCCCAGGGCCUUGCCCAGUGGCAGGGAAAAGGGGCACCGCACUCCACCUCAAAGUCAUUUGACUGUCCCUGUCCACCUCACCACCCAGAUCUUCCACCACCCCUCCAGCUGCCCCUGCCCUCCGUCACAGGCAGCAGAGCUGGGCAGCUUUCUUAUGCCAUUUUCUACACUGUGCUUCAUGAGUAGAACUCUCUUGCACUAGUUCCUAUGACUGAGUCUCCAAGCUGGAUUCCUAGUAGCCCCCCCACCCCAACUGUCCCUUCCUCCCUCACCUGGCUAUGAUUCAGUUGUUCCCCUUCCCCUGCCUCUGUGUUUCGGUGAGAGUCUCUGUAUGUGUAUUGCUUUCUGUUUUGUUGCAUUGUAGAGCAGAGGCCUCUCUGUUCUUGUUUAACCCCAUAAAGAAAUAAAUG